CCUUAUUUGAUAUCUUUUUUUUUCGAGUGCGGUCUAUGGUGCACAGUGGAAAAAUGUUUACUUUGUUAACUAUAAUAUUGAUAGUAAAUAAAUGAGACAAAAUUCAUGUCUUUUUUAAAGAAAUUUUUACGAAAUACUGUUCUGUAAAUUCUGCGAUUUUCUUUGCUAUCUGCCAGUAGGAACUGCUCAUUCUAUACAAACUAAAGGAUUUCCUAACUAUAAAUAAUAUUUUAAAGAAUAUUACUUUAGAAAACUAAUAAUCAUAAAAUCACUUUUCAAUCGCAGGAAAUAUAUUUACAUUUCCCAAAGUGAGAUUUUCCUACGGUAGCUGCUGCUGUUGACUCGCAGAUACUUCAAUGUCAAAAGCCAAGAUGAAGAGGGCUUGAAAAGGAGUCAGCAAAGAGACGACUGAUCGCCAGCCAUCAAUCAGGCCAUCAAUCAGUCAAUGCCGCUUGUCGCAAAUUGGAGCUGGAAUUGGAGCCAAAGCCAGUGCCUGAACCAGAGCCAGAGCCGCUCUCCCUUCUCGGAGAAAGCCAAAGUCGCAACCUGAAACCUGGACAGUGGAUCAGUGGACUCGACGACGAGGUCCACAAUACUCGAUACUUGGCAUUCGACGAGAUCCCAGCAGUGAUUUGGCGACAGUGUCGGUGGUGUCUGCCUUUUGGCUAAGUCAGUCAGUGAGUCAGACACUCGAACUUGCAGUCAUAGUUAUAGUCACGACUCCACAACCACAUCCACAUCCACGUCGUCUUCGUUUUGGUUUUUUUGCUGCUGCUGCUGCUGCUGCUGCUGUUGUCGCCCGGCAGGUUCACAAAUAAGUGAAAGUGAAUUUGUUUAUUGUAUAUUUUGCUAUUACCAAAGCGAAAGAGACGCAUAACACCAUUCAGACAACAUCUACAAACCGUCUACAAACUACUGGACUGGAGUCUGCAAUUUCAUUCAGUGCCAGCGAUUGAGAGAGAUCCCCCCAGAAGACAACAGCUUGUCGGAUAUUUAAUCAAUGAAGAUCGUUGUAGAACAGCUGAAACUACUAACGAAAUCAGCAUGCUAAGUGCUAGCUAUAUAUUUCUGGCUCUGCUGAUAUGCCACACGGGAAAUGCCAUCGCCCAGGAAGUGGCCAGAAAUGUUACCUCAGCGCCCUCGCCGUCUGACUUUGCAAAGCUAUCGCAGGCCGUUCAGGAUUCGCUGGUGGAGCACGAGGAGCGUCAGCGGGAACGAUUACGUCGAGGUCAUCGGUCGCGUAGGGCGGUGAAACGUGUCUGCUAUGGCGAACUUGGUUGCUUCGAGGACUCCGGUCCGUUUGCCUAUCUAGAGAUGCUGCCCUCGCCGCCCGAGGAGAUCAACACCAAGUUCUAUUUCUAUUCCACACGCCAGCGUUCGGAUCGUCCACUGAUGGAGCUUUCCUUUUUAAACAUGACCAAUGCCUUUCGGGGCAAACGGGAGACGGAGGUUAGCACCAGUUCACCAGAGGGCAGUGGCAGGUCAUCGUCGUCCUCUUCUGCCCUGAACUCGUUGCCCUCCCAGAACUCCACGUUCAGCACAGAGCGCCCUGCCGGUGGUCAAAAGAAACCCACACCAUCAAUUGAUGACCUCGAGGGAUUCGAUGAGCUGUCCGUGCGGGUUAUAGUCCAUGGCUUUGGCUCAGCCUGUCCACACGUGUGGAUUUACGAGAUGAAAACAGCGCUCAUGGCGGUGGAGGACUGCAUUGUGAUCUGCGUGGACUGGGAGAAUGGAGCCACCUUUCCGAACUACGUAAGAGCGGCGGCCAAUACUCGUCUGGUGGGCAAACAGUUGGCCAUGUUGCUCCGGAACCUUCAGCAGCACAAGGGACUCGAUCUAAUGCGCACCCACGUCAUUGGAUUUAGUUUGGGUGCUCACGUUUCUGGAUUUGCAGGCGCUGAGCUUCCGGGUCUUUCGCGGAUCACGGGCUUAGAUCCGGCGGGUCCGCUCUUUGAGGCCCAGCAUCCGAAGGUGCGGCUGGACAGCAGCGAUGCCGAGUUCGUGGAUGUGAUUCACUCGAACGGGGAGAAUCUGAUCCUUGGUGGACUGGGCUCUUGGCAGCCCAUGGGCCAUGUGGACUACUAUCCGAAUGGAGGACGCGUGCAAACGGGCUGCUCGAAUCUUUUCGUGGGCGCCGUCACCGAUUUUAUAUGGUCUGCCCAAGCUGCAGAGGAUGAGGAGGGUCGUUCGUUGUGCAACCACAGGCGGGCUUACAAGUUCUUCAUCGAUUCGGUGGCGCCACGUUGCUUGUUCCCAGCCUUUCCCUGCGGCAAUUACGAUGACUUCCUCAAAGGGAGAUGCUUCCCCUGUGCCCAGGAUGAUGAGGACCUGGCCGAGGGCGUUCCAAGGUGCGGCAACAUGGGCUACUAUGCCGAUCGAUCCACGGGUAGGGGACAACUGUACCUGCUCACCCGCGAGGAGGAGCCCUUCUGUGCCCACCAAUUCCAACUGCAGAUCUUCAACUCCUUCAACGAUCUGCCACUGCGGACUAUAGGUCGUCUGGAGGCCAUUCUCGAGGGAGAUGGUGGUCUAAAUGAGACCUUCGAGAUAUCCGAGAAAGACGAUGCGGAGUUCUUCGCCGGUGACAUUGUGUCCAAGAUUAUUGUGCCUCAUCCGGCCUUGGGUUUCCCAACCACCUUGAGCCUUCACUACAAGUCCUACAGUGGGUGGUUGAGCAAGGGUCUGCCCCAUUGGGACAUUGACAAGGUGGUGCUGACGGACAGUUUUGGCCGAAGCCACUCCUUGUGUCGUCCUUCGACGAAACUAAGCAGUGGAAGUCCGGUACGCCUGCGUCUUCAGGCUGGCAACUGUGAGCUAGACAAUCAGGAGGACUACGGAGCCUAUACCACCCAACCACCUGCUGCUCCGGCGGCGGGAAGUCCCACAAUGACUCCCACCGAUGUACCGGAUUCCAGUGUCCAGGAAUCGGGCUUGGCAGCUUCGGUGGAUGGCGUGGAGACAGCCAAACAGCGCAAGGACAUCUUCAAUUUGGGCACUAGCUUUAAGUUGGCCCGCAAUCAGACAUAUCCCUUGGAUCAGGGAGACGAGCUGCCUUGGCAACCGAUUUUGGUGGGCAAUUCGCUGGAUAACGAGACUGCCGAGGCGGCGGAGUCCAGUCGAAGUCUCUCGGACUCGAUUGGUGGCGAGAUCUUUGAGCCCGUGCUCAAGGAUCGUAGGCUGGCCGUGAAUAGGGGGCGGAAUUUGCAGGACUAUGGCACUACCGACAGUCCGGAGAUUGUGGAACCCGUGCUAAAGGCCACCACACCGCGUGUUAAGCAGGGCAAGGACCUGGAUUUGUCCGAAAGUGAAGUGGCUGCUGCUGGAAUGGUCACAACUUUGGGUGCCAUUAGUUCUGCAGUAGCGGGCUCGUCACGCCUACCAGCCAAAACGAUGGCGCAGGUGGGCACAGGACGAUCUCCGGAUCCGGAUGAGCCGCAAACAGUGCAGCUGUUACCUUUUCGUUUGGGCGAACUCCUUCAGCGGGCCGAGCGGUAUGCUCGGGAAACUCUUUUGCCGCUAAUAUCCGUGCAGGCACCUCGCUUCUUUGGCUUCAAUGUGACACCUCAUGAUCGGGAGCCAGUGCUCCGUCCUGGGGAUUCACGUAAGCCACGCUAUAUUCCACGCUAUGAGGAGUCCGCAUUUUUAAAUACCAGUUCCAGUGCCAGGAGGCGGUCGCAGAAGGCUUCACGUCGAUCGGCGGCAGUCCAACAGAGAAAUCUCUUUCGGCUGAUGCGAUCGCGAUCCCAAAGGCAGGGCGACAACGACAAUGAGUCGGGCGAGCAGACUGGGGGGCAGACGGAACAGCAAAAUGAGGUUAACUACUAUACCAAUGUCUUGCAGUCGGAGUCGAGAUCUAUGCGUCCCGAAACUCCCGACUAUAGACCCGUAUUUAUCGACUUACCCACAUAUAAACCACAAAUAGCUGCAGCUUCCGCUUCGGCUGCUGUUUCCACACCCCUGGCAUCGGCUGCCGCUGCCGUUUCCGGUUCCGUUUCGAGGGCUAGAAGGCGUGGCCGAUCACCAAAGCUAAUUCCCUGAUAUUCAGACAUUGAGAUAUUCAGCUCAGCUAGCUAAGCUGUCCCGCCAUCGGGGAUGAACACUUUGUGAUAUGCACACCAGAUCGUGGCUAUGGCACAGCUCCAAAAUCGCAAUCCCAAAACCCAUUCACAUUCACUGAAUUUUCACCACACACCAUCCAUCCACACACACACUGUAAAUAUCCGAACGAGCAAGCAAAGAUACAUAGAUAUUGAAAUGGAAUUUCAAAUCGUGGGCCGUUGCGUCGUAGUAGUUAAGAUAUUGAAUGUAAGAUUUUAAAUGUGAGAAAUUUAGUUGUUAAGAUUAAACAUAAUGUCGAGGCUCUCGACUUUAAGAUACCAGAA